AGCAUACUUCAUGAAUGCAGUCACGGGACUUGGGGGGUGUCCAAAAAUAAUCCGAUCGGAUUUGGGAACUGAAAAUGUCCAUGUUAACAGGCUGCAACACUUCUUCCGAGAAGAUGAGACUGGCGUUGUGCAUGGGCCGUGUGUGUUCCAAGGACGCAGUACAGCAAAUCAACGGAUCGAAAGCUGGUGGGGGAUCUACAGGAGACAGAACGCAAGCUAUUGGAGGGACGUCUUCCAGGAGUUUCAGGCAACUGGAGACUUUAAUGGGGAUUUCAUAGACAAGGGUCUCAUCCAAUUCUGCUUUCUGAAGAUUAUCCAAAACGAGCUAGACACCGUUGUGACAAUGUGGGACAACCAUCGCAUUCGAGCAGGUGGAAACGGACACCCUAAUUAUCAUGGGAAACCAUGUCUGAUGUACAAUGUACCUGAGCUCUAUCAUGCACAAGAUUAUUUGCAUCCACUACAGUAUGAAAGAGUGGGGAUUGUUCUCCAAGAGGACAUCUGUCUAUGGAAAACAGACAUUCCCUGUGACCAGGACCUGCAUGAGCUCUGUUUGAUGGUGAUGGAAGAGAACAACAUAGCACACUGUCAUAACCCGACAGAGGCAAUACGACUUUACAAAGACCUGAGGCCAUUAAUAACAGAACUUGUGCCAGAGCCUCAUCACUGAUUUUGUUGUAGCAUACAGACACAUGCACUGUCCAUGGUUCUAAUAACUAUGAUGAUGAUGAUGGCAUUUCCAGCGAUGAGGCAUCUUCAAAAGUUUACAUUUCUCAGGUAUUAUUGGCCUUUGCAUGAGUUGAUAUCUUUUACUAAGAUAAUGUGAUUUCUGUGUAGUAGGCCAGGUUGAUAAUGUUGGGUCUUGG